ACAAAGGGGCAGCCUAGUCUGAAGACGUGAAUGUGUCCAACAGUCUGUGGUGCAUUUUAGGACAAAUUAGGGAUGAAACCCGCUUUCGGUUAACUGGGAAAACCUUUCGCUUUCGUGUGUGUGUACCUGACGAGACUGCUACCAUAUCAUGGAGGAGGUCCUGAGCAGGCUGCAAACUCUGACUCCAGACGAGCUUCGUGUGGAGAUCACACGGGCAGGGCUGAAGUGUGGGCCUAUAACAGCUACUACCAGGGGCAUUUUUGAGAAGAAGUUGGCCCGGACCCUUCUGGAAAAUCAAGGAGAUGGCGACAGGCCAGAGGUGGCCAUUGGAGAUCAAGGCACACGCUCUUCGGAACAGACUCAGCCUCCGACUGCUAUCCCAGAAGUGACAAAUCUGGAGAAAGAUGAUUUGGAUACUUCAACCCAAAGCUUGGAGGAUGUGAGUCAGCAGGCUUCUCCAGAGUCACCCUCAGUCUUUUAUGGAGUCUUGCCUCCUUUGGAUGAUCCACUUCUUAAUGAGGGUGCCUGCCAUGUAUAUACUGACAAGCAGAAAGCUCUGAGGGCAGUGACGAAGAUGAAAGGAGCGAGGUUCAAAGCUUUCUCCAGCAGAGAGGAGGCUGAGAACUUUGCUAAGGGCAUAAGUGAUGGUGGUCUGUCUCCCAACAAACCCUCAGCAGAAACGUCCCACAUUAUAUCUCCUGCAGAAAAAUCCGUCAGUCUAGAAAUGGCAAAUGUGGAGAAACCAAAUGAGUUCAGAAGCCCACGUACACAAGACCUGACAGCAAAACUUCGGAGAGCUGUGGAGAAAGGAGAUGAAGAGGCCUUCAAAGAGCUUGUGUGGAGUAACCCAAGAUAUCUUAUUGGCUCUGGAGACAACCCAACCAUUGUGCAGGAAGGGUGUAGAUACAAUGUGCUUCAUGUAGCAGCAAAAGAGAACCAACCAGGGAUGGCGCGGCUCAUCUUAGAGACCCUGGAGAGUCCAGAGUUCAUGCGCCUCAUGUAUCCUGAUGAUCAGGAAGCCAUGCUGUGGCAAAGAAUUGACUACAUCGUGGACCUGUACCUCAACACACCUGAUAAAGCGAGCAAUGAGACUCCUCUUCACUUUGCCUGUAAAUUCGGUUGCACAGAAGUAGUGAAUGUGCUUUGCUCACAUCCAGCCAUCGAUAAGAACUGUAGAAACAAGUAUGGACAGAAACCUUCAAGCGUGAUAUGUGAGAGGAAAAACAAGUCUAAAGAAACUAAACAGAAGAUCAAUGACUAUUUGGAGGAUCGUUUCUUUGUGCCUUUGCUGAGGGCUACAGACAACACUCUUAACCCUGUCAUCAGUAUGCCGUGGGCCCCAGGUUCCCCUGAAUGCUCCGAUCUAUCACUUAGCUCUGGGCUUGUUGACGAUCCCAAAAACCCAAUGAUGACUAUUAGGGCAUUUGCAGGCCCUCUAAAUAGAUUGAAGGCAGAGGAGUUUCACAAGUUGUGGAAAACACCACCACGCAACCGAGCCAGAUAUUUCCAUGACAUUUUAAAAUCGGACCCAGAUCGAGGAGCGGAGAGAGUGGGAAGGGAAUUGGCACAUGAGAUGAGGUACCCCUGGGCUGAAUACUGGGACUUCCUCAAUUGCUUCACUGACCUCUCUGCAGAUGCUGGUUUGAAUAUGUUGGAGGAGUAUUUGAACAAGAACAAGAAAGGUGCUGCAUUCACAGGACAUGGAAAAGAAUCCAGUUAUAUCUCUGGGACAUUCCUCGACAGUCCGUCUGGGAUGUCACAUGACAGCGGGACUGACGAAAACAGUAACCGAUCUUUCCUUAAGAAGUAUCCUGUAUGUGACCUGCUGCAGGAUUUUGAGAGGGUUUCCCUCAGCCAGGCUUCUGAGAAUACAGCAGAUUCUGGAUUGGGUUGCCUUGCUGGCUCUAGAGAACUGAGCUCUGUGAGAGGGAGGGAGUGGUCAGAGGAUGAUGAUUCCAGCUCAGAAGAGUACUACACAGCAGAUGAGGGUACAGAUACCCUCUGCCAGGAAGAUGGAAGUAGAGGGCAUCACUUGCCAGCAUGUGGAAUCCUGGCUCGUCCCAGUCCCUGGAGGCACGGAGAGUGGGAUUUAAACAGCUCCGGGUCGUCUAACUCUUCAUACAAAUCAACUCUCAGUAUACCUGAAGAAACAAGAAUGACAGAGGACCUUUGGGUAAACGUUUUUCUAACAGGUGAAUCUCCCUCCAAGCUGGACAACGAGGUCUUGUUAGCAAUAUCUGGAAUGAACAUCGAAGAGCAGCUCUAUCCCUGCAUUACCAAGUGGAAGAACACUGUUUUGUCUUAUCCUGAAUCUCAAAGACAGAGGUGGCCGAAUGUGGCAUUGAUGAACAGAUACCCAGAGAGCAAGACGUCGACCCCCCACAGGCUAACGCGCAGCUGGCUAACAGGAUCACCCAGCUUUCUAAACAUGAAGCAGUUCAUCCCUGGACCAUGCAUGUACAACAGCACAACCAGCAAAACCUCCACAAGCAGUUAAGCACUUAGCCUGUAUUGCAUUUUCUCUGUUAAAAGUCAAGGAAAGCAAGAAUUUUAUACUGAAUGGUCAUUUUUCCUCCAAAUUUACUCCCCUCACCCACUUCUAGACAAAAUUUGGGAAAUUGGUACAUAAUAAUAAAUAUAUUUAAACAGUUUGUGUAAGAAAAUAAAUGCACUAAGGGUGCUAAAACAUAUUAAAUAGUAAAAACUUUGUAAAAUCUGGCCUCUUAGAAAACUAUGAACUAAAUUGUGAAAAAUGAAUAGUAAAUGGAUAGGCUCCAGCACCCCCCCGCGACCCUGACGGAGAAGCGGCUUAGAAAAUAGAUGGAUGGAUGGAUGGAUGGAUGGAUGGAAUAGUAAAAGUACUGCGCAUUGAAUUGAUUCUCUAAGAGAAAAUAAGUACAUAUCCUCUGCAGAGAUCACUCUUCCCACAUGUUAAUUCACAAUUUCUGUGUAUCUGAUGAAUUUAACAGUAGGAGAGAAAAUAAUUCAUAACAUGAAGCCUGUGCAAUAGGAAUAUUUGGUUUUUCCUGAUUCACUUUUCUACAGUAUGUAAAAUUCUCCAAUUAAAUAGAAACUGUGCUUUAAAAUUUUGCAGAAAGAUCAUAUUUACAUGUGUGCCUUGUCAAGGCUGUAUACUUACAGAAUGUAAUUUGACCGGGGUGUUCAAACUUUUGCACAUCUUUACUUGUAGUAUUUGUGAAAAGGAAUUUGCUUUUGAUUGAACAAAUGUAAUGGAAAAACUCUAAAGUUUUUUUUCAGUGAGCUGUGCCUCAGAAUGUAGUUUUCCCACCUAUUCAAUUGCAACAGACGAUGGUCGUGCCUUGUUUGGUUACUACUUGGUAACAGUUUAUAUCCAAUUUGUUUUUUUUUUUAUACCAUCCACACUUUUAAUAAGUGAUCUUUUCUCAGCUUGCUGAACUCUAGUAUGUGGCACUUUAUAAAAGCAACAUGGAUAUGUUUCCACUACGUUUAUAUUGCUUCCAUAGCUGGUUCUAGAAAACUCCCUGGACAAAAAUGUGUCAUUAAUCAUUUCUUCUCUGAUGCUUGGUAAAGCCUCCAAUUGCCUUAAUGAGCGAAUCAGUCUGGUCUUCACGAGUGAGACUGCGAUAGUUUUAGUCCACUCUUCCACUAACUUCAUGCUUCAUGUCCAAGCUGAACACAAUAUCGACACUCCCACAUUCCAGGAUGACAACUGUGGGGUGUCUCUCACUGAUUCAGCGUACAUGAUAGUACACAGGGACAUUUUGACUGAAGCAGAUCCCAGCUUGGAGCAGGUGAAAUGCUGAAAUCGCUACAUAAACUAUGGCUAAAACCCAAAUGAAGUCGUUGAGAUGUAAACAUUCAGAGGGGUUUGUUGUGAAAUGCACUCUUCUACAGAAGCUGACAGAGUCAAGAGUUGUUUGCAGUGGUGGUGAUAGGAACCAGAAUGUCUUAAGAGUUUAAUGCCUCUAAAAGCUCCCUCACAGAUAGCUAUUGUAUGAAAUAUGUUGAUUGAUAGUUUUGGCCUGAAGUGAAUUGUUUAAAAUACAUACAUGGUGUAGAGGUACAUGCAGGGCCUUAUAAAGCAAACUUUACUGCUACUUUGUCAUUAUAAACAUUAAUUGUAAAAACUCACAUAUGUGUAAGUGACAUUGGACAGUAAAUAAAAUGGUCAUAUUUGUGUUGUAGACAUAGUGACCCCUGGUUCCUAUCGUUGUCAUAGAUCCACCGCUGUAAACAAAUCAGUCUUUGAGUUUCUCUACAAAUGAACCAUUCCACAUAAGACCACUCUGAAUGACUUAUGAAUUAUGCAGAAUUUCUGAAAAAAUGGGUGAUUUCCUCAUAAUUAAAGGGGAUAUAUAAGUAUUAGAAAAGAAAUGAUGAAUACAGCUAAUUUUUGUGUGGUGAGCUUAUGUUCUGAGUAUAACAUGUAAUUUUUGUAACAAACGAUGCACUAAUUGUAUUGGCUUAAAGAAACUGUGCUAUCCUGACAUGUUUGUACUUCAUGUCCAUGUUUACCAAAGAAAGUGUGUUUUUAAAGACAAAUAAAUGACAAAUAGUUUGAAAAUGAA